UGACCUACACCUGUCAACUUUUCCAAGUUGGUGCUGAUUUGCAGAAUAAAAACGAAAUUUGUACAAUGUUUAACUCGUAUGCUCUUUUUUAAUAGAUUAAUGAUAACAUUUUAUAUCUCACGCGAUGUAAACACCUACUAACAAAAUAGAAAAAAAAAACCCAUCCAAAGUGCAAUAUAUUCUAAACAUUCUCCCAAUUACAACUGACAACUUAAUACAACUAUUGCAUCAUGUUUGCACAAAUUACCCGCAGCAUCUUUUUUGAAUCUGGAAAAAGAGUUCCUUCUUAUUCCCUUCUUAUCUAUAAAUCAACAACAAAACAAUCAACAACAAUCUUACACCAUCGAGGGACAAGAAAUCUACCGCCCGUUCCACAGAAACCAACACCGCCUGGGAAAAUCCAACAAGUCUGGAAUAAACUCUUUGGCAAAUACCUUCUAGCUACGAAUGUUAUUAGUUCGGGAGUGUUAAUGGUUGUUGGCGAUGUUGUCGCUCAAGAAUUGGAAUUUAGAAAAGGUCUGCUCAAGGAGCGAUAUGAUUUACAUCGAAUGUGGCGAAUGUUUGUUGUUGGUUCGUUACAAGGUCCAUUGCAUCAUUAUUCCUAUGGAUGGAUGGACAAAAUUAUGCCAGCUGUCAAUACAAAAAAUUCUAUUAAGAAAAUUCUUAUAGACCAAUUUGUCAUGUCGCCAGUUUGUAUUUUACUUUUCUUCUAUCCCGCCUGUUAUCUGGAGAACAAGACUUUGCGUGAGACAAACGAUGAAGUUAUAAGCAAGUUCCCGUAUAUUUAUAUCACUGACUGGUGUGUAUGGCCGGCCGCACAAUAUGUCAAUUUCCAAUAUCUGGAUCCUAAAUACCGAGUGAUGUUCGUCAAUGUAAUGACAGCACUGUACAACGUUUUCAUUUCCUACAUUAAACACGAUGAAGGAGGAAACUUCUUAGCCAAAUUUCAUUAAAAUUUGUUUCUUGUUGAUAUAAUUUAUUUAUAGAUUAAUGUAAUAUAUUUUUUCCACACCAAAGUGAAUUUGUAAUGCACAUGAAAUAAACAAAAAAAAAAAACA